UUUUUUCAGGAAAAAAAAAAUUCUUACGGCCGAUUUUACGGAAAAUGUACCGUAUGAACGGUUUUUAUACACACCAGUAAAGCGCUCAUGUAUCAUGAUCGAAACGUUUGGAUUGAAACAUGGCUUUCAAUAUUUGGUUUGGAAUUGUUUUCUGCACUUGUUCUUCAAGACGCAUUAAUAAAUUUGUGAAAGGAACUUCAGGACAGACAGUUGGACAUGUAAUAUCAUUGAACAUUCCACCUGAACUGUGUAACUUGAAAAUUAAAGAAAUUACGGCUACCGCCAAAUUUGAUGAAACAAAUUCAGGCAACAGUAUAAAAUGUCCGGAAGAUAUGCCCGUUGACAUUUUGAAAGAAAACGGCAUGAAAUAUAUCAUCUGUGAAUUUGAAAAUGAGAGCGAAAAACCAUCUACAACAGGAUCUCAGAAUGCUUCUGCAUUUGACGUACUGAUGGCAAUGCGGAGAAAAUAUUCAUAUUUACCAGAAACCAGAGAGAAAAAAAAUGAGAAAGAUCGCUUGUACAACGACAUUAUUGCUUGCUUUGAAAGAGAAAAUGUGAAAUUUAUGAACCAUCAGAUUGACCUAGGCACACAGAUAGUCAAAGAUCUUUGUAAUGUGCUGUGGUAUAUAGACCCUUUCCAUGAACGACUAAAGGCAAGGUACAUUAAGAUUCCUGAGCCAUUUGACACUUUCACUGGUUACAGGAAUUGGAAACAGCAACACAGACAAGAACCAAAGAUCACUCUUGAGGAACUUAACCUACAGAUUGAGAGGCUUUCUCACAUUCUUAUGCUUCCAUGGUUUUUAAACGAGAAAUUUUCAUCAUUUCGAACAAAAGUAAAUGAGUUGGCUACUUGUCUUGAGAAAUACGCCACCUUUUUAUGUGACCAAAACAAACGUACAGAAAAAAAUCAUCAUAACCUUGAACCAGUACGAUCAUGGAGUGACAAUUUUAGCUUUAAUAUCAAAUCAGCACAUGAAAAGGGUCUCAAUAAAGGAAAGGAAAACACAAAAAAGACAAUUGUAAAAUACUCUUACAGCAAUGUUAUUGAAGCUUUAGAAAAUUUAGAUUAUUAUGAACCUUUGGAUUUGGUAGAAUUGGAGCCAAUUGAUGCCGUGAAGCGCAGAGCAUGGCUUGAACAUAUGGAACUGCCUUUCCCAUUUGGUAUAUUUACAUAUAGUCAUGGCAAUUAUCUUGGCAAUCUGACAGUUAUCUGGAAGCAACCCCCAGAUGUUCAGAGUCGUGAUAGUUCCGAAGAUGUACGUGUUAUCAAUGACAUUAAAGCUAAUAUGACCAAGUAUGCUACAAGAACAAUGAGAAGAGACUUUAUAGAUAUGUAUGGGAAAUCAGUAAAAGCAAAGCCUGCCAUACUACGCUCAGUAUUUUCAUUUCUUACAGGCUAUAAAAUGUCUCCAGAAAAUGAACAAGAAGCUUCAGUAGAUGAACGAGUGUGUGAGUUUUUAUUAAAUUCUGAUGAUCCAGAACUAAUUCUUGACCUCCGAAAACAUAACGGAAGGAUUAAAAAUCCAAAAUUUGAUCCUUUUUGGGAUGAACUUGAAAAGUAUCUACAAGAGAAGAGCGUGGUACAUGAACGACGUCAUACAGAUGCCAGUUACAUGCCAUUCGCCAUUUCUAUAACUGAUUUGCGAGAUCAGAUUUUAGAGAGACUACCAUCUGGGUCAGCAGCUCCAUCACCAUCAUGGAUCCGUUUGAAUUUCUUGCCAUCAAAUCCUUAUGUAAAAUCAGCAUUGAAUUACACUGGUAGAUAUAAUGUUAAAUAUGCUGUACAGCAGCGAUUGCUUAGAGCUCAGCAUGUUGAUUCCCCAUAUGCGUACUACCAGUAUGACUUAUUGAAACAUUUUGCUGUGAAAUGGAGAAGCGUCACUCUUAUGCAGUGCCUAGAUGACAAGGCUAUCAUCCCAGUAGGAGAGCCUGGGAAACCAACGGCAGCAUGCAGCAGAUCUCAUAAUCGUGGUCUUGUAGCGGGCACAAAUCCUCAGCUUUUAUCACUUGAUCAUGACUAUAACAUCUGUGGACUUGUCCCAUCUGUAUACUUAGAUGUAAUUAUCCCCUCUCAAGUAACAGAAACUUUUCAUCGCGGUGAUGUGCACAUAACUGUAAAAGAUAAAAUAUUUGAAGCAUCGUCUCCUUUAAGACAUGGCACUGAGUCAUUAAAAAUUGUUCGUGAAACUAGGUCACAAGAUGGAGUACACAGUGAUUGUCCUAUAAUUAUUCGAUAUACAGAUGGUGGCCCAGACCAUCGUACAACUUAUGCAAGUGUCCAGUUUGCUGCCAUUCUUGAAUUUAUUGCGCUUGAUCUAGACAUGUUCAUUGCUUGUAGAACCGCACCAAAUCAAAGCUAUAACAAUCCAGCAGAACGUGUCAUGUCACUGUUAAAUCUUGGUUUACAGAAUGUCUCACUGUGUAGAGCAGAAAUGGAUCCUGGAAAUGAAAUGCUCAUGAAGUCAAUGACAUCUCUUAAAAAGAUCCGCAACUGUGGAAAACCAUCGUUGAAAUCAGCAUUAAAGGAAUCCGUCAACGUUACAAUGAAUGUAGUCAAAGAUAUUUUUUCUCGGUUAAAUAGAAAACAUGGGUAUGUGUUUGUUCAUGAUGCUUGUGACGAAACAGAGAUUGCUGAUCUUUUAACUAUGAUUAAGUUAGUCACUGAUGAGGAUAUUGAUCCCAAGUGGAAGUUUAACAAGAAUGGGAAAUUCCAAAACUUCAUGUUGCGUCACUGCCGAGAACGGAAUUAUGUUUUUCAGAUAAAGAAAUGUGAUCUGCAAAAUGUUGACAGUUGUCCAUACUGUAGUCUUUCUCCACCCAGAAUUCCAGAGGAUCGUUACUGUUCUCUGAACUUUCUACCUGACCCUGUCCUUGAUCAGGAUGGAAAUUACAAAAGCUUCGAAGAAGUAUAUGGUACUGAGACAAGUGAGAAUGAUAGACCAUCACUAAAGGUGAAACCUGAAGCUUCUGAUAGAGAUAAACGCUUCAAAUCUGUAAUGGUGGCUGGUAAAGUUCGUGGCUUUGUUCAUUGUGUUGAAUGUGGCAAAAGAAGGGUGGUGUAUUGUUCAACCAGGUUGACACGACAACAAGAUAACCUUAUAAUACGUGUUCAGGAAGAGAUGAUGUAUGUUUGUGGGAACCCACUUUUUUCUGGUGGACCUAUGGAAGAUGUCUUGAUUGUAAGAGAAGGGAUGAAUUGUUCCACCACUAUUGAAACAUCUUAUUAUGCUGGAAUAACACAGAUAUUUGAUGAGAUAUGUUUUUACUGCGGUGACUUAGAUGUAAUAAGGAAUGAUGAGAUCGCCCAGCUGAAAGAAGAAUUUAGCAUUGUCCGACCAAUAUGCAAUACAUGUUUCAAUGUCAAACAACUUAAGCCCGCUACAAGAAAUGCUAAAAAGUUAAAAAAGCAUAAGAAAUAGAGUUGACUGUAUUAUUUAACAGACAGUUGUCUUUGGAAACUGUAAUAUAUAUAAAAAAGACACAUCUUCAAAUUUAGUGUUCAAAUGUUGUAUAUGUUUUUGUUAUCUGGUAAAAACAAACAUGCCUACUACAUGUGCUAUUAAAGGUCUUGUUGGCUCAUUUUCCUUGGUUCUUCACAGUAAAGACUGAAUACACUAUUAAAAUAUUCAUAUAUACAGUAUUCAGGAAUAAAUUUAAAUAAGAAGACUUUCCGAUGUUUUUUGUUUGUUUUUUCAGGAUUUUUUUUU